CCACGACACACGUGAUUUGUCUGCGCCAAGACCGUCCGCUGAUUAGCGUAUCUAGUCGCGUUCGCGUCAUCAACAACGCGUUUCUCAACCCACCCAACAAAUAAACAUCGUCAUUCGUCAUUCACGCGAAAACCAGAGCUAAGAGCUGCUUCUGGAGCUUUUUGCCUUCUCAAACGAGGGCCGUGCUCCAUCGUCACUGGCAGAGACUAAUCUCUGACGUUCGUUAACCUAUCAAGUUUGCGCCCGCUAUGGUCCGCCAGAGAUUGUCCACCGGUAACACUCCCCAUAGACUGUCCUUUGGCAACGCGUCUGAAUCCACUAUGGCGCGCAAGAGGAAGGCUACCGCAACGUCUCCAGAUGAGGACACGCCAGCCGGUAACGCACCGAAGACUUCGGCUGUGCGGAAGCGCAAGAUUAAUUGGGCCAAAAUGAAUGACUCCAAUUUCGGUGGCUUUGAGGUUCACACCGCGACUAUAAGGCCGUCCGGGAAACAGUCAAACAAGAAGCAGAAGGUCGAUGCACAGGCCGACAGCGAUGCCCCCGACGACGCGACCACAGACGCAGACAUCACACAAUCGAACCCUUUCACCGAGGUAGAUUUGAGUGCAACCUACCACGUAAUCAAACCUGUGGCGGAAUGGGAGAGUACGAAACGUUACAAAAACUUUACACUCGCUGGGGAAGUGUUUCAAGCAGGCCAAAACGUUUGGGUCAAGACGGCAAACAAGCACAACGCUGAUGGGGCAUCGACUCUCGAAGUAGCUCGCAUACUUGAGGUACGCGCCGGAGACGGCGCACACGUCUACCUCCGUAUCUAUUGGAUGUAUAGACCAGAAGAACUACCAGGCGGUCGGGAAGCCCAUCACGGAGAGUGCGAGCUGGUAGCCAGUAAUCACAUGGAUGUAAUUGAAGCGACGAAUGUUGAGGAUAUCGCUGAUGUGGUCUACUGGGAUGACAACAACGGACCGCUUGAGAGGCCGGAAGAAGACCGACACUUCUUUCGGCAGACUUACGACAUCAUCAAGAGCAAAGGCAAACAACUCUCGGAACUCAAAACAUACUGUAUAGACAAGGAGCCCUUGAAUCCUGAUGAGUCCCUCAUAUACUGCCCUUCAUGUUCAAUAUGGCUUCAUAGCCACUGUAUUGAAGAGCAAGCUGUACGAGAUGCUUGCAAGGAGCACCAAGUUGAAGGACCGCAGAAAAAAUCUCGAGGUCGGUCGAAGAAGGGCCGCAAAUCUUCGAGCAUGUCGACUUUCACAGCAGAAAUCAGCACCUUGAAGUCUGGCAAGACGCGUCUGACGCUCACCGACAAGCGUCCAGACCAGGACAAUCGGCGCUGGAAUGCUGAUGUCAAGUGUCUUGCCUGUAAGACCAUUAUCGAGGAUGCCGUUGAAGGGGAAGGAGCAGAGGAGGUGGAUGAAGAGAAAGACGAUGUCUCCGAAAUACAUGGAGACGACCAUGGACAUACCAUCGUGGUCGACACCAAGUCCAAGGCCACGGAAACAUCAGGCAGCACGGACGACGACGAGGAAGAUGAAGACGAAGAUAAGGACGAGCAAGAAGCCAGCGACGACGAACUAGGCGCAGACGAGAACCCCCACGACGCGCCACCAAGCGGCACCGCAAGCCCAUCCCCCAAAGCGAAGCAAGCCAAUCCCAAGGCCAUGCGCGCAAGCGACGCUGUAUCAUCCGUCACAGACACUGCACCCGCUCCCAACGCGCAAAAGCGAAAGCGAAAGCGAGCUGCUUCAGCGUCAAACGUACCUGAUCCGACGACGACGCCAGUGACUACGCAUGCGGAUGGUUCGGUUUUUCAGUCCGGUAUACGAUCUGUGAAGCGUCUGCUUUGGAGUACGACCUGACGUCGAUGAUGGAUACGAUGAGUGAGCGGGUCCUGCAGGAACAGGUCUGAAUAUUCAAAAACGGCGUUUCUUUCCUUGUUUCAUUCUAUGUUUGCGUCUGAUCAAGUAUUACGGUAUUCUGUCCGCGAGCAGCUUUGACAGCCACGGCUGUAUGUAGCGUAGACCAGAGAUCAGCGCAUGUCCAGCAUCUGUAUACAUACAUACCCACCUAUAUAUAUAGCAAUACAAAAGAAACCCCAU